AUGCAUGACAGCCGUGCGUGGUACCUGUCCGAUGUGCCGUUUGAACGUGAUGCUGACCACUCUCUCGCGCGCGCAGGCUCUCAUCCGCUGCUGGAGCAGGUUCCCCUGACCGUGUCUCCGUUUGUGAACCUCCCGCGCGCGGCCACGCUGCCGUACCGCUACAAGGCGAUGCCGUCGGCACUGCCGCCAUCGAUCUUGGGCGGCGGCAUGGAUGGAGGCUCCGGGUCCAUGUCUGCGUCUGAUCCCGCCAAGCCGCCCUACGUCGUCUCGGCCGCCUCCGGCACCGCCGCCCAUCCGGACGACAUCCUGGCCAGCUGCCGGGUGCUGCGCGAACACGUGGCCCGCAUGCAGGCCGACGCAGACGCUGAGCUGCGCCAGCUCGAGGAGCGCAUUCAGGCGCGCGACCUGGCCGAGCGGCGCCGCCUCGCGCCCGGCUGGCUCGACUCGGACGAACACCUGCUGGUGCCGGAGCGGCGGAGCGACGGAGAGGGGGCCGAGACAAUAACGACGGCAGAGGCGACGACAAACGCGGCAGAACAUACAGCCAUGAGCACGCCCACACACACACCGUCAGACGCCGCUGGCGCAUCCAGCGGCCCCAGUGAGAUGGCCGCUGCCCUGCCUUCGGCCGCGGAGGAGCUCCACCGCACUCUCGGCGGACUCGCGCUGUGA